UCAUAAGCGUGCGACCCGCGGUCCACGCUGCCCCAGACCUGCGAGUGACUGAACGCUUCGCUCGGCUGCUGGCGGGGCAGACCUCCGCCCGCCUGGUGUUGGGAGGUGUUAACCGUGCUCCUCGUGGGUCGCCGAAGUGUUUUAUACCGUUAAUCUAACAAGGCACGAGCCCGUUAUCGAUCGUUGUGAUAACGUGGAUCCACCUCGCGGAGAAGAUGAGCGCGGCCAUGCCCCAGAAGCGCUACUACAGACAGCGGGCCCACUCAAACCCGAUGGCGGACCACACGUUUGAAUACCCCAUUUGCCCAGAGAACAUGGACUGGUCUCAGCUGUAUCCCCAGUUCUUCCCUGGCAACCGGUCUGACGAAGGGACAGCACAAGUCGAGUUCGCGGACAUUGGCUGUGGAUAUGGGGGACUUUUGGUUGAGUUGUCAUCGCUUUUUCCAAAUAAUUUGAUUUUGGGCCUGGAAAUCCGUGUGAAAGUGUCAGAUUACGUGCAGGACCGUAUCCGCUCGCUACGAAGCUCAAGUCCAGGAUGCUAUCAGAACAUCGCCUGCCUUCGCAGUAAUGCUAUGAAGUACCUGCCCAACUUCUUCACUAAGGGACAGCUCAGUAAGAUGUUUUUCCUCUUCCCUGACCCGCACUUUAAGAAGACUAAGCACAAGUGGAGGAUCAUUAGUCCAACUCUGCUGGCAGAGUACGCCUACAUAUUAAGAAUUGGGGGCUUGGUGUACACCAACACAGAUGUGGAGGAGGUGCAUCUUUGGAUUGUUAAGCACUUCAGCGAGCAUCCACUCUUCACACGCGUCCGUGAUGAAGAGAUGGCGGGAGAUGUCAUCACCAGCCGCCUGGGCAGCUGCACAGAGGAAGGGAAGAAGGUGCAGAGGAAUGGAGGGAAGAAUUUUCUUGCCGUUUUCCGGAGGACAGAGGAUCGUAAUGCAGACCGGAUGUGAAAGACACUGGAGAAGGGGGGGGAGUCCAACCACCACCUGUGGGUGGAUGACUGGGUAGGAGACCACAACACCGCUGCUGUGCCUCGCGUGAGGGCGCCUGUGGUCCGUUCUCAUCAUGGAGCCGACUUGCCGAGACAAACGGCCACGUGUUCACUCUGACACUUGAUGCCCUCACAGGUUUCAUCUUUGCGGCAUGCUCUCAACGCAAGUGAUGCUUAAAGUCUGUCGUUCGUCUGCUCGCAGAGAUGUGGAAGAUGAGAGACGAGUCUGUGUGAAUUCACAUCGAUUCAAAGCGUGUGGGUGAAAAGUGCUUUAUUUCUUACAAGCCUCUUUUUCCUUGUUUUCUUACUGACUGCGUUGACAUGAGGGACUCUGUCAGGAGGUAUGACGCAGUGUGAUCUUUCUUGGCAGGAAGAUAGCUUUGGUUUUGGCUCCAUGUUGGUAACGAUAAGAGCAGGAGUGGUUGUAACGGAAUGUACCAAAUCAUUUCACAUUAAAUACACAUUC